AUGGAAGUCGAGCUUCCUCUGAUGAAGUAUGCACGAAACAUAAAAAACGACAAGACUUUCAUGCCUAAAGGCGGUUACCUUGGCUUCUACACCUCACACUCAUAUUCGCACACAUCGGAGACCUUUUCCGUCUCGGCCAUCAAAGGCAUUGACCGAGCGAUCUGGCAAGGUUUCCUGUCCCUGGGCUACCACGUCGACCUACGCCCUGUUCUCAUCACUGAGAGGUACGAGGACGACUCAUACAGAUAUGUGAUGGGAAAGUACUUUCCGGCGGAAACCUACCAGAAUUGGCAAGUCGAUGACGAAACUCAUCUUAAACGUUUGAUUAAGAGUUGGGGCAUCAGCCGCGUCAAGUUCAAAGAGGUUGUGUGGAUGAAUGAGAGCCACGACGAGCACAAACAGCGACAGCUGAUGUACAUGGUGUACGGAAACGAAGCACCAAUCCACUCCGACUACUCAUACUGCACCGUCAUCGUCCAUGUGCCCGAGUGGGACAAUCAGCUUGGCGCAAGGGCAAAAUUGACUUCAGAUCCGGACAACGAGUCCGAGUGUGUCUCUAGCCUGGAUUUUGCAGAUACGGAUAGGGAGGAGGCCAUGGCAAUGGAUGAGUCUGAGGAAGAAGAGGAAGAUGAGUCUGGCUCCGAAUAUGGGGGUCAGAUUCACGCGUGCUUUCUGCAACCUGAGAUAGAAGGGAUGUCUCUAGAGAACCUUUGGGCAUAUGAGGUCGUUAAAGCAAGAUUGGUGAACUGA